ACGUGCUUUUCUGUUCAGCGGGAUGUAAAGAGUGGCUGGUUGAGUUGCUGUAGUCUUCAUGUCAGCUUGAACAAGUCUGACUGGUCUCCUCUGACCUCUCUGGCAUUUCUACCGGAGAACUGAUGCUCACUGGAUGUUUUUUUUUCCCCUCACCAUUCUAUGUAGACGUGUGUGUGUGUGUGUGAGAGAGAUAGAGAGAGAGAGAGAGAGAGAGAGAGAGAGAGAGAGAGAGAGAGAGAAUCCCAGGAGCUCAGCAAUUUCAUACAUGUCUGGCACUGAAAUCAAUGUUUCCCCAUUCUGAGGUUUGAUGUGAACAUUCCCUUAAACCUUCGCCCUGUAUUCGCAUGAUUUGAUGCAUUGUGCUGCUGUCACAUGAUUAGCUGACUGGAUAAUUGCGAAUUCCUCAACUAAAGAGAUAAAGAGAAGCUAGUGAAGCAAUGACUGACUGUUUAUAGCUACUAUAAUGUGCAGUUUACUUUCUACACCACUGAUAUGAUGUCAGAGGAGCUCCAUGGGCUUUUUGGUGUUAAUAUGUGACUGGAGAACUAGCAGAGGCGUGGCAAACGUGCAGGAACACAUACAAACACUUCUCCCUGGCCAAGCUGAACACUCCGAGAGCCACUCCGAGGACCAGCAGUACGCAUCCGUUCGAGGUUUUAGUGCGCCUGAAAGAUCCGGUCGAGGAUGACUGCGUCUAGAGAUGCCACCAUAUUUAUUGACCUGAGCUUUCUUUCUCCGGAGGAGGAAGCGGUUAUUCAUAAAGUUCUUCUCAGAGACGAGGAUUUGAAAAAGCAUGAGAUUGGACGUGUAAGGAAGCUGAGGGAGGCGGUCCCAGACCCGAAGCAGCUGAAGGUGUUAUCAGGCGAAUGGUUCGAGGAUCUGAAGUCGAAGCGGUACGGCCGCCAGCCGCACGUCUCGGCCGUAGUCCGAUCUUCCAUGAGAUGGAAGAAAUCGGCAGGCCAUAAACCGAACCCCUUCCUGAAGGCUGUGUCCGAGGAUAAAGAUGGAGAAAAGGACAAGCCUCGCCCAGAUGUAUCCGCGGACCCUCGAUCGAUUCACCCAGCUCUCAGCGUGCAGGUGCAGCAGGAAAACACAAAUGAAGCUAUCGUUUUAGAAGAGACCCCUGGCGCUAAAAUAAAUACUCCUGUCCUUCAAGUUAUCGAAGCAGGACGUCAAUCAGGAGCAAAACCUCAAGAGCAAACACCUCGUUUCGAGUCUCUAGAACUAGCGCCUAUGCAGGAGUCGAAGACAAAAGCCGCCGUUACAAAAGAAAUCGACUCGGCCGAAGUCGGAUCGGAUCCUGGAAGAACCGCAAUGAAAGAAGACCGGGGAGUGGAGAUGAGUUUGGAGACCAGACCAAAACGGAGAGAUGGAAACACGUCUAGAAAUUUUGAGAUACGAUCUUUUAGCAAGGCGCAGGAAACGUCAAACUGGGAAAUGCGUCAACUUGGCAGCGCUGACGAGUCGAUUAAGCCCGAGUCAAAGGUUGAGGUUGUCAUAAUCAACUCUAACAACGGUACGGAAACAGAAGUGACGACCAAGCAGGAUAAUCCGAGACCCGGAGUGCUGAUGAAUUCUGGAUAUGGGUUCAAAGAGGACAUUCGGUCUCCGAUACCAAAGAGAAGAUCUGGUAAAGAAAUCAGAGUCUUGAACAUCACCGACAAGCGAACAACUCCGACGAGGAUGGAAGAGUUGAGCGUAGAUUUAAACGUAAAGGAUGAUCCAGGUAUUCUUGAGGAUCUAAAAACAAGUCCAGUUAAUAAGGUAAACGCACCAGAGUGUGUUAAUUUGAACCAAAAGAGUUUAGAUCCAGUACAGAAAGGAAAGGGAAGUGUUGUUGAGGAAAUCAUAGUCGCUGACUUUAAACGAAGAUCUCCAGCAAAGAUGGAGGAAUUAAGUGUUGAUUUAGAUGUGGAGAAGGAUCCAGAUGUUCUUGAAGGCCCAGUUAAUAAUGUAAACACAGCAAAAUGGGCCCAUUUGGACCAGAAUUUAGAUCCAGUUCAGAAAGGAAAGAAAAUCGCUGUUGAGGAAAUCAUAGUCGCUGACUUUAAACGAAGAUCUCCAGCAAAGAUGGAGGAAUUAAGUGUUGAUUUAGAUGUGGAGAAGGAUCCAGAUGUUCUUGAAGGCCCAGUUAAUAAUGUAAACACAGCAAAAUGGGCCCAUUUGGACCAGAAUUUAGAUCCAGUUCAGAAAGGAAAGAAAAUCGCUGUUGAGGAAAUCAUAGUCGCUGACUUUAAACGAAGAUCUCCAGCAAAGACGGAGGAAUUAAAUCUCGGUUUCAAUGUGGAAGCGAAUCCGGAUGUUGAGGAAUUAAAGACCGGACCGGUUCCCAAAGACGUCCAUAAAGAUGAGAACGGAUUAGCAGCCGUGAACGGGGACGAGCUCCCAGAAUCGGUUGUGAACGAGGAAAAAAAUGAGGCUGCUGCAGGAAAAAGUGACUUUGAUGUGGCAUUGAGGACGUCUGAAAGCACUAAUCAAAACAAGAUUGACGAAGCCAGUGAACCAGAAGGUAGUUUUCAAGACAGGGAAGUUGAAAGUGGGAUUUCUGAAAGCGGUAUUCUCGCCAGCGUGUAUGCGCGCGCCACUAGGCCCAAAUGGGGCGUGUCGAAAACCCCUUUCGCACAAGACCCAAUGCAAAAGACUGAAGACGUGAUCCCGACUAUAGUGAUCGUGCCGUCUGAAUCCCAGGAGCCGAAAGAAAUGGAGCGUGUGAAGAACGAGACACCUGCCCCUGAAGCGCUUGUUGAGGUUGCCAAACCUGGCACAGAUACUUGGGAGUAUGAAGGAGUGGACUCGGAUGAGGACGGCAGCUCCGAGUCCAGCCGCGACUCGGAUUUGUCAGGAAAAAGGGGCCAGUUGUCUGCCAGUACGCUUUCAGUCAAAGAGCGCACUGCCAGUUUGCUGAGCGUGUACAGCGAUGCCGGCGACUUCGGGAACGUGUCGGUGCAGGGAUCGGUGGAGUUCGCUCUAAUGUACAGUCCUCUUGGAGAGCUCGUCAUUAUGGUGGAGCAGUGUCAGGAUCUGGCCAUCGCAAACCCGCGCAAACAACGCACAGACCCAUACGUGAAGACGUACCUCUACCCAGACAAGAGGAGCAAGAGGAAAACUUCCAUCAAGAAGCAUACAGUGAAUCCAGUCUAUGUGGAAUCAUUGAGAUACAAAGUAAAACGUGAAGAAUUGCAUGGAAAGACUCUGAAUUUAUCUGUAUGGCACAAUGACUCCCGAGGCAGAAAUGCCUUUUUGGGUCAGGUUGAGAUUAAUCUGAAGGACUGGGACUGGAAACAUGAAGCACUCUCAUGGUACAACCUCCAACCAAAGAACGCAGAUAAUCAGGAAUCGCAGGAAGACCGCGGGGUUUUAAUCGUCUCGCUGAAAUACGUGACUCCCGAAGCCACAGCUGGUUCUACUCUCAGCCGGCCUCUGGGAGAGAUUCACGUCUGGCUGCGAGAAGCGAGAGGUCUGCGUCGUCUAAAGGCUCGAGGAGUCGACUCGUUCGUGAAGUGCUACAUGUUACCAGACACGAGUAAGAAAAGUCGCCAGAAGACUCGCGUGGUGAAGAAGACGCAGGACCCGGUGUAUAACCACACCAUGGUGUAUGACGGCUUCAGAGCAGGCGAAGUGUGUGAGGCCUGCUGUGAACUCACCGUGUGGGACAGCAACAAGCUUUCCAAUCAGUUCCUCGGAGGAGUGCGUCUCAGCCUCGGCACAGGCCAGAGUUAUGGAAAGAAAGUUGACUGGAUGGAUUCCGAGAACGAGGAAGUGGAAAUCUGGAAAAAAAUGAUGGCUAAUCAAAACAGCUGGGUCGAGGCAGAACUUCCACUCAGGCCUUCGAUGACUCCCAGGAACUGAGACUGAUGCUAAAGACCAGCAGCAAAUGUGUGCAGUUUGAUUGAUUGAUUAACAUCCCAGAGCAUAGUUAGCUAGAGCUGCUAAUUAGUUUUGUCCGUGGUCUGAUUUUCUGGAGAAUGGAAUUAUCUUAGGAGGAUUUUUAUUUAAAUCCAAGGACUAACAGAGCCACCAGUGGGCAAGUUCUUUAACAAUCAACUGCUCAUAUAGAAGUGGAUUUGGAUACAUUUGUGUGCAAAAUUAUUAAAUGUACUGCUCAGUGUGGACGUGAAAUACGUUAACCUAACAUCUGGAUUUGUAAAUAUUUGCAAAUGAGUGUUACUUCAAUGCAGCUCGUAUUGAAUCCGGUUCUAUGAUGCAAAUUAUUCCAAAUGAAAUACUUUUUUUUUUUCUUUUUCUGUUGUUGUUGAGAUUUUGUACCGUCUCGGUGAACAAUGUUCUUGAACGUCGUCAUGAAUAAAUUGGUGUAAGGUG